AUGUGGGAGCAAGCACCACCAGAGGAGACCCCUGUGGUCCAGGAUUGUUACCAGGAUAACGGGCAGAGUUACCGAGGCACGUCGUCCACCACCAUCACAGGAAAGAAGUGUCAAUCAUGGUCAUCUAUGACCCCACACCGACAUCAGAAGACCCCACAGAAUUACCCAAAUGCUGACUUGACAAUGAACUACUGCAGGAACCCAGAUGCUGACAAGAGCCCCUGGUGCUACACCACCGACCCGAGUGUCAGGUGGGAAUUCUGCAACCUGAAAAAAUGCUCGGAGAUGGGAGACGGUGUGGUGGAGUCACCUACCGUCACCCAAGUCCCAAGUGUGCAGGCCACUGCCGAGCCAGACUGCAUGUUUGGGAAUGGUAAAAGGUAUCGGGGCAAGAAGGCCACCACUGUCACUGGCACUCCAUGUCAAGGAUGGGCUGCACAGAAGCCACAUGUACAUAACAUCUUCACCCCAGAGACAAAUCCAUGGGCAGGUCUGGAAAAGAACUACUGCCGAAAUCCUGACGGUGACGUUAAUGGCCCCUGGUGCUACACGAUGAAUCCAAGAAAGCUUUUUGAUUACUGUGACAUCCCCCAGUGUGGAUCAAAUGAAUUUGAUUGUGGGAAGCCUCGAGUGGAGCCAAAGAAAUGUCCUGGAAGGAUUGUAGGUGGGUGUGUGGCCAACCCACAUUCUUGGCCCUGGCAAAUCAGUCUCAGAACAAGAUUUCGCCAGCACUUUUGUGGAGGCACGUUAAUAUCCCCGCAAUGGGUGUUGACAGCUGCCCACUGCUUGGAGAAAUUUUCGAGGGCUUCAUCAUACAAGGUCAUCCUUGGUGCACACCAGGAAGUGAAUCUGGAAUCAGGUGUUCAGGAAAUAGAAGUGGCUCAGCUGUUCCCAGAGCCCACCCGAGCAGAUAUUGCCUUGCUGAAGCUAAGCAGGCCUGCUGUCAUCACUAACAAUGUAAUCCCAGCUUGUCUACCAUCCCCAGAUUACGUGGUCGCUGACCGGACAGUGUGUUACAUCACUGGCUGGGGAGAAACUCAAGGGACAUUUGGUGCUGGCCUCCUCAAGGAGGCCCAGCUCCCUGUGAUUGAGAAUAAGGUUUGUAAUCGCUAUGAGUAUCUGAACGGAAAAGUGAAAUCGACAGAGCUCUGUGCUGGACAUUUGGUUGGUGGCACUGACAGUUGCCAGGGUGACAGUGGAGGACCUCUGGUUUGUUUUGAGAAGGACAAAUACAUUUUACAAGGAGUCACUUCUUGGGGUCUUGGCUGUGCACGCCCCAAUAAACCGGGUGUCUACGUUCGUGUUUCAAGGUUUGUUACUUGGAUUGAAGAAGUGAUGAAAAAUUACUAA